CGUCGUAAGCAGGGGGCGCUGUCGUCUCCGAGCACUGGUCGCCUUCUGCAGUAAGCGGUGCCCAGAGUCUUUUUGCACCGUUGUUUCUCCCUGAUCGCCGACCACACAGCCGAGGAAUGAACUCUGAAGCGAUGAAACUCAACAGGGUGAACCUUCUCUGCGCAAGAUCGGUCGUGCUGCUCACGUUACUUCUCUACGGAUCUGAGCCGGGAGUUUCUACCGAAGUUAUGCCGCCCUUUCAGCCAUAUCCAAUGACGCCCUGCUCUUACGGCAACAAAGGUAACUGCAGUGUUGAAGUGAAGAGGGGAUCUGUGCCUCGACAAGGCUCUCAAAACAGCCAGAAUUGCCGAAUCGCACCACUAAUUGGCGAAGGAAGGGUAAUUAUCUUGAGAGAAAGACCGGACUACGUGACAUACCAGUGCAAGUUUGGCUACGGCAACGGAAAGGAAUAUAUGGUGAUUGCUUGCAAAGACGGCAAGUGGGCACAGCCACCUCCACACUGCCUAGAUUCCAAAGGUUUACCAGCUGUUCACCAUAUCAGCCAACCAACAACAAAAAACCCCUGCGAAGAUGACGUCGGCGGGUGCGACCAUUACUGUUGCUUCGAUGGAAAAAGCGCACACUGCUUCUGCAAACGUGGCUAUAUGGUAAACGGAACAAGGUGCAUAGACAUCGACGAAUGUCAAACGACGCAGAAUACUUGCAAGGGUCAGUGCGUCAACACAGAUGGUAGCUUCCGGUGUGUCUGCACUGAUGGUUACAAGCUCGACAAAGACGGAAAAUCGUGCAAAGACAUCGACGAAUGCCAAACGCCGCAAAAUCCUUGCGAGGGUCAGUGCCUCAACACAGAGGGUAGCUUCCGGUGUGUCUGCCCUGCUGGUUACAAGCUCGACAAAGACGGAAAAUCGUGCAAAGAUAUAAACGAGUGUGCGGUGUAUAAUGGAGAUUGCAAGCUGCGGUGUGAGAACACGCUCGGGUCCUUCAAGUGCCACUGCGACAUUCCGGGAUACACCUUGGCCACGGAUGGCACAUCCUGUUUAGACAUCAGAGCUCGCCCUCGGGACUACUGCGCGGAAAAUAAUGGCGGCUGCUCUCAUACUUGCCAUUCAGGCGACAGCGCAGCCAUCUGUUCUUGUCCUGAAGGAUUGCAACUUUCUAGAAACAGCAAGCGCUGCGAAGACGUGGACGAGUGCAUCGAGAACAAGUAUGGCUGCGCGCACAGGUGCGUAAACCUACUGGGAUCCGCCUACUGCGAGUGUCACAAGGGCUACAGGCGCCAAGCCGAUGGAAAAAGCUGUGAAGAUAUCGACGAGUGCUUGGAUCCGGAGGUUAGGGCGGAGUGCGCCCAUGGCUGCCGGAACACAAACGGCAGCUACGUGUGCCGCAAGGAGCCAGAUGCGACCACUACAAAAGGGCACUCAUUUGAGACCGCUGACGAAGUAGAAGAAUCUGGCUGCGGCGACUACGGCUACCAUGAAAUAGAGCGGGACAGGACUCCAAGUGCAGCUUGUUCAAGUGGCUUCGCUCGCGUCGAGUCUGGUUGCAUAGACAUUGACGAAUGCGCUGAAAAGACGCUUAACUGUUCCCACGACUGCAUCAACGUUGCCGGAAGUGCUUUUUGCAGCUGUCCACUUGGUUUCAAAUUGAUGGCCGACAAUCUCACAUGCGUCGACAGCAACGAAUGUGAGGGAAAUCCCCGCAUCUGCAGCCAGCUGUGCACCAACACUCACGGAAGCUACAAGUGCUCCUGCAAGACCGGAUACACGCUUUCUGCCAGCGACAGCUUCCAAUGCAUCGAUAAUGACGAAUGCACGAUGGGAAAUCACACUUGCAGUCACAUCUGCGUCAACAUUGAAGGAGGGUAUUAUUGUCAGUGCCCGAAGGGAUAUAAGAUCACUGGGGACCUGAAAACCUGCUCCGCCGUCACUUGCCCAAUGUUCGUCGAGGCGUCCAACAGCGUAACAACGUGCGACCCGCCAGUAGUGGACAGCUCUGCAGCUAUCGGAACCAGGUGCAACGUUAGGUGCAACGCGGGCUUUUAUCUGGAAGGUUCCAAUGUCACCAUGUGCACAAUGCAAGGCACCUGGACCCACGGACCGCCGACGUGCGAAGGCCUGUCCUGCCCCGCGCUGCAGCAUCCGGAGAACGGCAAGGUGCUGCCUGAGCGGUGCCUGAGCCCCGGCGCAAACUACCUCAAGUCCAGGUGCUACUUCCACUGCAACCCGGGUUUUAGGCUGCUGGGAAAACGCGUCAACACUUGCGGAGUUAACAGGACAUCGAGGUCGGCAAAGACGCUGGACUGGAAGCACCCUGCGGGCACCUGCAAGAAGGACGCGGGUCCUGUUCGCAUCACGUGUCCCUCGAGCAUUAGACUCGUCCUGCCAGAGGGCCAGAGUUCGAUGUACCUUCAACUCCCGGAGCCGGACACCAACGUGGAAGCUAACAACGUGCAAUUGUUCAUUGACGGCUUCCCAAACGCCUCGGAGGUCGUACCUUAUGGAGACGUGCAGGCGACUUACGUGGCUACAAACCCCGAGGACAAUUCCACUGCCAAGUGUUCUUUCCAAGUCACGGUGGACGACAAAGAGCCUCCGAAAGUGUUGCGCUGCCCGAGCACCGUGACGGCAAUAUCCACCACUCUGGAAGGCGUCCCAGUGACCUGGGAGGAGCCUGAAUUCUCCGAUAACGUGGAUGUGCAAUCUGUGAGGUCGACGCAGAUGGCGGUACAACAAGUAACGCUGGCUGCCGGGUCGAAACAGCUGGGGAAUCCGCGGCCAUUCGAACGGUCACCAGGAUCCGUAUUUAACUUCGGCCUGCACAACGUGUAUUACACGGCCAGGGACAUUGCUGGAAACGAGGCAGUUUGCACUUUCUACGUGAACGUUUCACGCAACGAGUGCCGUCUGCCAGCCGACAUCGAGCACGGCAGCACCGAGUGCGAGAACUGGCUGCACGGCGUUGUGUGCGAGCCGAGCUGCGAAGACGGGUACGCGCUGCCCGGUAACGUGUCUUUUUACACCUGCGACCUGGCCGGCGUCUGGGAACCGAGGUCCUGGAUACCGAACUGUCGGGCGUACACUCCAACUUCGGCGAUGGGUUGCCCGCCGGGAUCCGAAUUCUUCGAGGAACUCGACGGAGAAGCCAACGUAUGCGUGGAGUGCCCUGCGGGGAUGUACUGGUCGCAAGACGUGGGCCAGUGUUUCCUCUGCGAGCCGGGAUUCUACCAGGACAGGCCGGGCCAGUCCUCGUGCGCACCGUGCCCGGCAGCAGCGACGCCACUCUCCGGCGCUGUGGGACAGCAGUGCUCCUCGUGACGGAGCUCGGCGGCGGCCGCACUCGAGCAUGCGUAAUGAAAGCGUUCGCCGUGCAGCCGUGCUUCACCGAUAAAUAAACUAAUGAAGAAAGGCGAGUGAAACGCGUCGCAAUCCUUUAUUUUGCAACUCAUUGAUUCCACGCUAUGCAGCCAAUCACUUCGCCUAAGUUACACCAGGAUUUCAGGCUCCCCGUCGCGCGAGCUGCGUAGAGCCCAGGCUAAAUAGUUCGCUGCUGGCACUCAGGACUGAAGAGCCCACCAAUUUCAGCUACGCAGUUUCAGUGUUUCGGAAAAAGACCGACUGCGUGCAUCUUUUCUUGCGCUAAAAAGCUAUAAGCUCGGAAUUCCGGCUAUCUCGCUAACGUCUCGCUCUAAGGCUUCCAUUGGCAACGAAAGUGAACUUAAAAAAAACAUUACCAUCAUUACUUUGGUGCAAUCAAACACCCCACGAAUGGGAUGAACGCGCUCUUCUGCUACUAUACAACUGCAAUAUAUUGCCCGAAAAAGACAUUUCAUUGUUGCCCGACUCUUGUAUUUCCCAAAUGUAUCUAGCGGGUUUCAUCAGAAAAACAUCACAAAGUAUGGGAUGCUUUUUGUUGUGAUAAAAAAUAUGAACCUGCAAAGUGCGGUUUAAUGAAUAA